UGGGGCUGUCCGGGCUCCGUUCCUAGUGAGGGGAAACUCCCUUUGCUUCCGGCAGCUCGGCCCGUCGCGGCGGGGAUUUCCCAUCGCGCUCCUGCGGCCCGCGCUCUGCCAUGACAACCAUCGGCGACCUCCCCGAGGACGUGCUGGUGGAGCUGCUGUCGCUGCUGCCCGCCCGGGACCUGCUCCGCACCUGCCGGCUGGUGUGCACGCAGUGGCGCUACGUGGUGGACCUGACCACCCUGUGGAAGCGCAAGUGCCAGCGUGAUGGGUUCUAUCGUCAGAGCUUGGACAGAAGCGUCUCUGACUGGAGGAUCUUCUAUAUGCUCUGCCACUUGAAGAGAAACUUAAUCAAAAACCCUUGCGCUGAAGAGAACUUCCAGCACUGGACACUUGAUAAUAACGAAGGAGAUGAAUGGAAAAUUGAGGAUCUGCCUGGAGCUCAUGGCAAUGAUAUGCCAGACCCCACAGUACACAAAUACUUUGUCACUUCAUAUGGGCCAUGCUUCAAGUCUCAACUCAUUACCCUGAAGAAAGAAGGCUAUUGGAAUCAGCUGAUGGAUGAGAAACGGCCUGAAAUUACAGUCAAGGACUGGUACGCUGCCAGGUUUGACUCUGGGUGCCGCUAUGAGCUCACCGUGAGGCUGCUCUCCAAAGAUUACAUUGUCCUGGAGGAAUUCCACCCUGAGCCAGUGGUCAUUAAGCAAUGGAGUGAUGCCAAGUGGAGAGAGAUUUCUCACACCUUCCAGAAUUACCCAGAAGGAGUUCGUUACAUCUGGUUUCAGCACGGAGGCCAGGACACGCAGUACUGGGCAGGGUGGUAUGGGAUCCGUGUGACAAACAGCAGCAUCACCAUUGGGCCCCAGACGUCAUUAUGAAGCAGUGGCAGGGUUUGCUUUCACUUCAGGACUGUAAGCAAGUGGCCUCAGGUACACUGUUUGCCUGUACUCUCUGGGUGUGUCCUAGCUUUGUCUCGCAGCUCUUGUUCACAACAGAACUUCUGAAGGCCCAGCCCUUUGGAAGGGCUUCUGUCUUCAUCUUCCAUCCUGUUCUACCAUGGAUGCUACUGCAAUUACUGGUGCCCUUCCAGAGAAAAAACUGGGACAAUUAAAUCUGAGAUCUGUCUUUUCUAGUUAAUACAUUCUUAUGCUAACACCCACAGUCUUAAAGACACUUUCUUGUUUAUGGAAUUUAAGAAUACAAGGCUGAAAUGUUUAAUUUCAGAUUACCAAUGGUAUCUACAAGGACUCUGCCACAGAUUGUUUUGUAUGGCAUUUUCUUUCCUGUUUUGGUUUUAAGAGUCGGUUAAGAUUUAUGAGCUGCAUCAGACCUUUCAUAUCAUCAGGAAACUGUCAUCUCUUGUUCCUAAGUGCUGUGUCAGUGGUAGUCAAUUCCUUACCCUUUCCCCUAAGUGUGUAUGAUCAAAAUGGUUCCUGCCUUCUUAUCCAAAACAGUCCCUUGGUGUUUGAAUAAACAGGCAGAAAAAGAGGAGGUAAGGAGUCCCUUCAGGCAGCUACCUAACAAUACAAGUGCCUUUUGAUUGUGCUGGGCUUUUCCCACAUCACCUCUGGUUUGUACUGAGCAGUGUAACCCAAUAUAAAAUGUCAAAGGAGUGCCCAGCCUUGAUCUGUAACAUUCCUACGCUUGUUACUUGGAGGAAGCAGGAGGUGCUAGACAAGCUAGUGUACCAAAUUCUCUGAGAAACAAGCUCAGCUCACUGUGAACUGGGUCUGCCACCCUUAUAUACCCAGAACUAAUGCUAAAGCCAUGUUCCUUUUCCUCUGACAGGUACAGGAUUAACAGUGCUUUCCUUGCAUAUUCUCUGUUAGGAGUAGGAUACUUGGCAGGUGUCCU